GAAAAUUCACAAUUGUCAUAAUAAGAGCACAUAAAAAUUUAAAAGGUAAUUUUAUCAAUGAAGCCAAUCGUGUCGGUGUGGGAAUUUUUUGGGUGAAUGGGGCAACUGCAGAGAAUUUCUCGAUAUCUAUGAACUCACCUCUUCAACUUUCUUCCUUGCAACUCUUCCCAUUGACACAUACCCAAUUGGAUUCACGAGGCCCUUCGGCCAUUCUCUCAGCUCGUUGA